UGUGAACAAAAACCAACGUUCUCCUGCAAAUGGCGGCCCUCGGCAUCCUUCCCUCAACAGCAAGCCGAGCCGCAUGAUGUAACGACGUCUUUCUCUUAGUGAGCUGAAUGGAAGCUGCGGCUGCGGCAGCCAAUGUCAAUGGCGCCCAGCCCGCCCCUCAGCCUCCUCCCGCUCAUCGCAUGCCACCGAGACCUCCACAGCCCCGACGCCAACGCAACAGCAGCGAGCCCCCCAACAACAGAGAGCAACAAGGCCAGGCCGCCCGCACUCCCCGUCCCCGUCGCCCCCGAGCAGCGGCAGCGGCAGCGGCAGCGGCAGCAGCAUCAUCAGACAACAUCUCUGUGCCGCCCCAGCACCAUCGUCAGGCCACACCUGAGAUUCUGAUGGAUGCCAGUCGUCGUCUCAUGGGCCAAACGCUCGGGCGAGGAGGAGGGGUGACGGGUGUGCGUCAGCGGCUGGAGCGGCUGGAUCUGGGCGUGACGCCACCGAGGGGCGGCAGGGGGCGCGGGAGGAUCGCAGCACGAGGGGCCGCUGGGAGGUCGGGGGCGCGCGUGAGGGACGGGAGGAUGGAGGACGUAGAGAUUCGUGACGAGCAGGGAGAGGGGGACGGGCUGGUGGCGGGCGAUCGUGACCGUCAUGGCGGCGGGGGUUUGCCACCGUUGCCUCCACUCCGAGGCACCCCGGGUCGCCGUCGCGUCACAAAUCGUGGAGGCACACACAUGUAGGCAAACACACUACACACAAUCCAUCCAUCCGUCCAUCCGUGUUUCUAUUGGCGGCGUGUUUGUGUGUGCAGCACUCGUGGGGCACCGCGCGGCCGGGGGUUCCUGAGGAUGGAGAUGCCCAGCGACGGUAGCAGCGAUGGAUCUGGUCGUGGUCGUGGUCUGGGGAUGGGGAGGGGGAUGGGACGGCUGAGGAUUGGGGGGCGACACGGCGGCGCAAGGAUCAGACCACCUGACGCGCCGGCAAGAGAACGUAAGCAUAGGAAAUGGAAGCAAGGGAAGAAACGAAGAGGACAUACACAACGAAACGGCCGGGAUGGACGGUUGUUGUGUGUUGUCCCUUUCCUUGUGUCUUUAGCGAAUCGGCUGCCUCGUCUGGAGAUGCCGCAGCUGGCGGUGCCGGCCAGGGGCAUCAGCCCCAUGCGCGCAUUCAACCGUCUCCCCUCAUCCCCUCCCGCCACCCGCGGCAACCAGGACAACGACAACCAAGACGAGGAAAACAACAAUAACAACAACGAAGUUGAGCCGCAGAACGACGCCGACAACAUGAACCAGCCCCUCCAACCUGCACCAGCGGGCUUCAACCUGGCCGACCUGCCCUCAUCUGCGUUCCGCACCCCAGAUCAGGGGCCUCUCUGGGGGCCUGGCACCCCUCCCACACCGCCCCCCUUCCGUCGUGCGCGACGCCGUCGUGCGGCGGAUGACAGCACGCUCGGUAGGGGCAGGCGCAGCUCGGGAGCACGGUCCAACAGUGAGCCUCGCAACCCUGCCAGGGUGGAUCCUGAGGUCAAGGUGAGUGAGUCGAGGAUGGAGGGGUCUUUGAUCUCUUGUGCUGUGCUUUUGGUCUGGAUGGAUGGAUGGAUGGCUGUGUACUAUUUUUUGUCGCUCCUCAGAAUUUCCUGGAUGGUUUGGGUGAGGGUGAGCUGGAUGACGAGUGGAAGAAGACCUACCGCUGUCCGAUCUCACACUGCUUCCCCGCCUGCCCCGUCGUCACCAAACACGGUGCGGACGGACACACGACACGCACACCAACGAAGCGAACACAAAGUCAAACCUCUCCUCUCCUUACUCAGGCAACACCUACGAUCGCGACGCCAUCCUCGAGGCGCUCCGCCGCGAGCCCCGUUCCCCCCUGACGCGCGAGCCGCUCAACCGCCAACACCUCUACCCAAAUCGUGUGGCAGCGGCCGCCAUCGAAGCCUACGGCCGGCAACUGAUGCGGCAGAGGGAGGAGGAGCAGGGUAGGGAGCGGGGCCAGCCGGCCGAUCUGGGGCCGCGUGAGAUGAUUGAGGAUGGCGUGCAGGCGGGGAGAGAGGGGGAGGGGGACGGUGAGGUGGAUGGCGGUGCGGGUAUUGGUGUUGGCGUUGGUGGAGACGAUAGGAUGGAGAUGGAGGUGCAGGCGGGGCCCAACAUGGUUGACGGUGAGCCGGGGCGACACCAAGUCAAGGCAGGCGGGCCGUUAAGGCGGACGAGACGUUUGCAUGCGCCAUCCAUCCAUCUUUUGUGUUGUGUGUGUGUAUGUGUGUGUGCGUGUAUGUGUCUUUCAGAUUCGACACAGACGUUCCCAUCGGACAUCCUCGAGCUGGUUCCACACACACACACACGCACAAGAAAUGGCCCAAAGCCCAUGGUUGAUGUCUCUCUUGUAUGUGUAUCCUGUGUCUAUCCAUCACCACCAGGUGCGUACCAACGAGCAGCUUCGCGAGUUCCUGAAGAAAUUCCACCGCGAUCGAGCGGCCCGCCGUGAGGUGGCGCGACGGGCCGCUGCGGCUCCGCAGCACAUCAAACAACUCAUCACCAAACUCAAGAAAGUACCAGGGUACACCAUCAUUCAUCCAUCCAUCCAUCUGAUGCACCCGUACAUCAGUGUGUGUGCACGUGUGUGUCUCCUUCCCUCUCUGCUUUGUGUGUGGUUGCGUGCAGUGGCGAGCGGAUGAUGCAGUUCCUGGAUGGUGAGGAGGAGAGGCUGAGCCGGCCGCGACGGGGCGACAUGGAGAGGGUUCUCGACCAAAUCGGGGCAAUCGUAGAGGUGCGCACACACACACACACACACACACCGACACGUAUACGUAUACGUAUUGGUCACUCGUGUGGGUGCAGGCUGCGGGCCAUCCUGUUGACGGCGCCAACGGAGGGGCGGCCCAGGCCGAUGCAGCAGCUGCAGCACCCAACCAGCAGCCGCACUGACAUGACACCGUAGAUCAAUGAUACAGAUAUCAGCCAAGUACUGCUGUUAGAUGUGUCCGCAUGCGUGUGUGUGAGAAGAUGGCGGCCUGUCUGCCCAAGAUAGAGGGAG